AUGUUUGACGGUCCUGGAAUUGUAAGUAGGAUACGUGAUUCCAUCAUUGGGUAUCGUUAUUUGCACGAAAUUAAUAUCGUUCACGGUGAAAUUACGGCAAGAAACAUCUUUCUGAGUGGACCCGAUAAAACGGGUGUAACGAAAGUAAUUAUUGAUUCAGACUUGUCCUCGUUACGUGAGAACUACGAAGAGAAGGAUCUAUCAAGAGAUAUAACCGGUCUCACAAGGUAG